AGUAAAGUGUAUAUUAUUGUAUUAUUAUAUUUAUAGCACAACUUGUAUUGCUUUUUGGUUAUUACAGCAUCACGGUACAAGUGAGUCGACAACUCUGUGAGCGCAAUGCCACAUUGUGCGGCACCCAACUGCACAAAUGCAGCAAACAAAGGAUAUAAAAUGCUCGUAUUUCCAAAAGAUCCAAGUCGGAGGAAACAAUGGGUUAUUAACUGUCGACGUGACAAGUGGGAGCCCACAAACUCCAGUUACCUGUGUGAGACUCAUUUUGAAAAAUCACAAUUUGAGCAAAAUAGACAGGAUGGAAGAAAAAAACUGAAACCAAAUGGCAUCCCGACGUUAUUCGACGUGCCGAAUGCACCAAAGCGGUUGGAGGUUAAUCGCAAACGAAAUGCAGCAUCCCUGGCGAAAAUUGAGACUAUCGAGGAAUGUGAGAGGCCGAUGGAUACUGGACCAGGCUUCAUGCAUUCCUAUACUAAGCCCCCCAUGGAGCUCCUCAAAAGUGCUGAUGUAGAGGACGCUGUUGCAUGCGAAAGUCAUGAUCCACCUCCUGCGCCAGACGCAUGCCAGAACUGUGAGGCCUUGAAGUUAGAGAUUCGCAGGUUAAGGAGGCAGAUUGACAAUCUCAUAAAGCAGCAAGACUCGAUGGUAUCCAGCAUAAGUGGUGUGUUCAAUACCGACCAAAUAGAAGCGAUGAAACUACCACAGGGGUCUAAAAAUGUGAGAUGGUCACAUGUAACAGUGCGUGAGGCAAUGCAGCUAAGGUGCGUCCUGGGAGUAACAGGGUACAAUUUUCUGCGAGAAAAAAGUUACCCGCUGCCAACACUCAGAACCCUGUGUUACAGGUUUCAAAACCUAGAAUUUUCACCAGGGAUACAGGAGACUAUAAUAGAUCUGCUUGCAGUAAAAUUAAGCCAGAUGAAGCCAGAAGAACGCCACGCAGUUCUUGCAGUCGACGAAGUNCACCGCGCUUAG